CGUUGGUCGUAUUGGCUUAGGGAUUCGCUCGCGCGCGGAAGUCGGAGUAGGAGGGGUCACAAAUCCCGAUCCGUGUUGAUCUUUAUCAAUUCAUUUAAAAACUAUUAUGUGUUUUUUCGGCACAAUGACUGCGACGAUGCUGGGCUGCAGGGCCGAGGGUGCUGCGGAAUGUCGUGAGAUUUUUUGCACUUGUUACAGCAGCCAGCCCAGCAAGGAUCAAUUAGAGCUGCUUCCCGCCGUGCCACCACCCUCUCUCUGGCCGACGAUGAUGUUGAAGUUUGUGUCCCUGUGGAAGCAGGAGGGUUGGACCUGUUUGCCAAAAAGUCGACCAUUAGAGGAGGGAAAGGCUAUAAAAUGUUUUGCCGAAUCCUGCGGGAACCUCAGAUCGCAUCCGAUCGGGUAAGAGACAGGCGGUUCCGGUGCACGAUGUAUCCUGCCACAACGUCGUCACAGUCGAUGCUGCUUCCGAGAAGUAGCUUGGGACCUCCACUGGGAGGACCCUUCGCGCCCAAGUGUGAACUAGAGUUAAGCUUGAACUUUUCGCCGCCGGACGAUGGUGAACCGGCAUCCGCGUCGGCCUUAGCAAGUGUUUGUGCCUUGAGUUACCUCCCAGUUGAUUCAGUGUCAAAAGCCUAUUCAGUGGAAGAAAUUUGUCAAAAAACUGCCCUACCAGGGGGAAGACGGAUAACCAUAAGAAAGUCGAGUUCAACGGGACUGUUGACCCCAAACGAAGCGGACAGUGUGAUGAAGAGUUGUAACUGGAUUCGGUCGAUCAAACUGGCAAGUGAUGUGAGAAGUUACAAUGCAGUGCUAGAGUUAACCACCAAUCAGUUGAUAAGGCUAAGGUUGACACAGGACCUCAGUGAGCAGGAAGAGUUAAAACUUUGGUUUUCCGAGGAUGUUGCGGCUCACAUGCAGAUACCGUUCCUUACGCCAGCGAAUAUUCAACGUCAAAAUUGCUACGUGUGUCACAGCUGCGGCAAGUCCUACGAGUAUCCCAACCCCCUGAAAAUCCACAUCGCCACCGACUGCGGCCAACAAUCGAUGACUAUCCUAUGGCAGAGGCUUCUUCACAGCAUCUCGCGCUACAACUUCGCCACCGGGUGUGAAUUUCAACCGUGGCGUAGCUCUGCGUUCCGUCCAGUACUUAACACCCACCCGAUGAAAGUAGAACUUUCACCGCCGCAUCCUCCACUUCCACCCCAGAACAAGUCACCCCUUCUGGAACAACCCUCACUGCACCAUCAUCUUCAUCAUCACCACCAUCACAGUCCGCUGGUGGACGAUUCCACGAUGGUAACAGCUGCCCACCUGGAAACGAUCGUCAGCAACAUGGGCUCGUCCAAGCAGGGCCACAUCUGCAUUUACUGCGGGAAACUUUAUUCCCGUAAGUACGGCCUGAAGAUUCACAUUCGGACGCACACCGGAUUCAAACCGCUGAAGUGCCAGUACUGCCUAAGGCCCUUUGGCGAUCCGAGCAAUUUGAACAAACACAUCCGGUUGCAUCGGCAGCACGACAGUUCUUUGUACGAGUGUAACCUGUGUGGGAAGAAGUUGGCGAGGCGGAGAGAUCUCCAGAGGCACCUGCAAUCGCGCCACAACAGCAACCAGGUUAUUGAGAGCUCGACCUCCGAAGAGGAGGAAGACGUUGCAUGACUGUGGUUUCGUUUGGGCCAAGAGUUGUACGUACACCAAAGAUAAGUUACCUGCUGCUGUAAAAAUGCCAAAUAUUUAGUUUUAGCGAUGUUCUAU